CAUUUUGUCCUGUAUCAUUCGGUUAGCUUGCUAGCUAUGUGAUCUCAUCUUUAUACGUGCCCUUGCGCACGGGAGCAACCCCUUAUGAGGAUGUCUUUGUAAAUGGCCAGCUGAUCCAUUUCAGAAAGGGACAAAGACCGUUGUCGUCGGAGACAGGCACACAACCCACAAGGAUCAGCUAACUGAAGUUAGCUUGCGAGUCAAUCGCAAAAAUGCGACAACGAGUGACAGUAAGAGCACUCGAGAUGCUGGGCUCUGGUACAGUCACCAGCCCUAGACUGCUACUGAGUUCGAGGGCAGUUACUGUACUUGGUGUGGGGGACGGGAAUGAAAGAUUCCGCUCCACGUCCUCAGUUCAAGGUUUUUCGGAGCUGGCUAGGGAAAGGUCCAAAACGGUGACUUCGUUUUAUAAUCAAUCUGCCAUCGACAUAUCAGCCGAAAAGGCCUCUGUCAGACUCACUCCAGCCACACUGCUGUAUGCUGGCAAAUCCCCAGAUGGACACCAUGUCCUGAGUAGUGCCAAGUACCUGCACAAAGAACUGCCUGUGCGUAUUGCACACCGCAUCAAGGGUUUCCGCAGUCUACCCUUCAUCAUUGGCUGCAACCCAACCAUCCUGAAAGUGCAUGAACUUUACAUUCGGGCCUACCAUGUGCUAAGUGACUUUCCAUCGAUCAAGGACCAAGAUACUGAGGCUCGCUACAGUAAGCUGGUACAGCAGCUGCUGGACGACCAUAAAGAUGUGGUGACGUUGCUGGCUGAGGGCUUCCGAGAGUGCCGCAAGCACAUCACGGAUGAGAGCCUGGUGCGUAAUUUCCUGGACACCACUCUGACCUCCCGCCUGGGGAUCCGCAUGCUGGCCACCCACCAUCUUGCCCUUCACGAGGAGAACCCUGACUUUGUGGGGAUCAUCUGUCGGCGACUGUCCCCCAAAAAGAUAAUUGAGAAGUGGGUGGAUUUCGCCCGGCGUCUCUGUGAGCACCAGUAUGGCAACUCCCCACGUGUCCGCAUCAACGGCCAUGUGGCGGCCCGCUUCCCUUUCAUCCCCAUGCCUCUGGACUACAUCCUGCCAGAGCUCCUCAAGAAUGCCAUGAGGGCUACCAUGGAAAGCCACUUGGACACCCCGUAUAAUGUGCCAGAUGUCGUCAUUACCAUCGCUAACAACGAGACAGACUUUGUCGUCAGGAUAUCCGACCGUGGUGGAGGCAUCCCCCACACUAUCGUUGAGAAGGUGAUGGACUACCACUUCAGCACAGCCGAGGACAGUGCCCAGGACCCCCGCAUGAGCAACCUGUUCGACAACAUCACCAACAGCGGACCUCAGUCUGGGCCUAUGCAUGGUUUUGGCUUCGGCCUGCCCACCUCCCGAGCCUAUGCCGAGUACCUGGGCGGCUCGCUGUCCAUCCAGUCCAUGCAGGGCAUCGGUACUGACGUCUACCUGCGCCUCCGCCACAUCGACGGCAAGGGAGAGAGCUUCAGAGUCUGAGGAACCCACCGCACCUCAGCCAGACUCCACCCUCACCUCACACAACAAGAAUGGAGGGUGGUUGCAGUGCUGGGGGGGGUCAGGUGGAGACAGAGGGGUGGGUUUGGAUGGGGGUGACCCCGGCUGGUUAAAUAAGCCCUCUUCUCCACGCAGGUCACCUUACUCUUUUUAUCAGUUCCCUUUUUCGUUUUUUUUUCUUGUUUGUUUUGAUUUUGAUAUUUCAGUUAACGGGUCUCUACCACAGCAUGCAUAGAACUUUUUCAAAGGCAAAAAAAAAUACAUAGACAUUCUUCUUGCUCACUGUGUUUUUAAACAAGCUGCCACCAGCCUUAAACGAGGAUAGCUGGGUCGAUCAGUGUCAAAACAACCUUAUAAACGGAGUAUUUCCAGCGAAUUAUCCUCUCAAGGACUGCCUCACGGAGUCUCUGUUUUCCUCACACUCCAGUUGACUGCGGAGGAGAUGUCACUUGCCGUGGACUGCCUCAAGUGAACACGUUUGCCUUAGGACUGAUGAAUUUGAUGAAUUUACAGAUUCGGUGGAAUGGGCUACAGUGUAAUCUCUCUCCCUGUCUAGACAUUGACCUCCUGCUCUCACACAUGUGUGUAUGUGUACCUUUCAAGAGAGGCAUUGGCAGAGCUUUGAUCUUUAAAAUUUGAUUUCUUUGCAUUUUGCCAUCUUGCAUUCGCCGUUGUAUUGGUCGUUACAUUUUUGUUUUCCCCUCCAUAACGGCUAUCCACAGUUAUGCUUGUUCAUUGUAGAAUAGUAGAAUUUCUAUCCACAUGUACAAUAACAUGGGGAAUAGCCCGUUCUCCAAAUAGGACAUAGGAAAAGCUCAUGCACACUGCAGCUAAUGCUUUAUUCAAAUGUGUCAACUGCCUGGAAUUGACAUGAGAAAGAUGGUCUGUGUAGUGUGAUUCAUUUUUUUUUAAUUUUUGUUUUCAAUGUUGUGUGUGUUCUUUGUUUGUGCCAGUUUUUUUCCAGACAUAGAGGAUCAGGAUUGUCAAUGUUUAAAUUAUGAUUUUCUAAGUUGUUGAAGGUAUGAGUUUGGUGCAUAUUAAAAAGGUCACAUUCCAGAAAGGGCCAUUUUGAAAGCUAUGAAAUGGAGCGUCAUUGGGAAUGCACAAUGUCAUAAAAUUAUCAAAAGUGCAAGUCUUUCCCAUGCCUGCAGGUAAUGUACAUUUUAUUUUACUUUCCGCCAUGAACUCAUGUCAGUUUUAUUUGCAUAAACAUGAUAUUCAAUUUUUAUCAGGAAACUUUUGUAUGUGCCUCUUAUUUGGUAUUUAACAAAGGUCAUGAGGCCAGACACAAGUUAGGGGUAUGGGGUAAACAAAACAUUUCAGGGGCACAGGCGUCAGACAGGGGGUUGCAUGAAAUGAAAAGUGAAACCAUGAAGAUAAUUUAAUCUCUCAAGGUGCCCAGCCAUUUGUCUGCUGGCCUCUCUACACUCAGUAGUGGUGAUCGCACAUGGUGAUAGCAUGGGCAGCAUGCAGUCAAAAAGGGUUGGUUUGUGUUACAAGUUCGCCACCUGCUGGCGAAGACUGCGGGAAAUAGUUUGCCUGUUUGUUUUUUCUUUUAUUUUACAUGCAUAGUCUGCUGGCGAUAGAUUAUGUAUUGGUGUCUGUAGUCAUUAUUGGAAAUGAUCCUGUAAGAAUGAUUUUUGUCAUUAAAGAUAUGGCUGAGUAAA